CCACAUUCUAAACACAGAAGGACACUGGAACCAACAAAUCUGGUCCUUUCACCAUCCUGAACUAGGUACCAAGAGCAGGAAGCCAGCGGGAGAUUCUUUGUGUUCUCUCCAAUCUCCAUCUCUCCCUGCCCCACAGGCAUCUUGCCCGGCAACCAAGCAAGCACAACAGCUCACCUAUCUCACCUAUCCAUCCAUUCCACCCGUCCAUCUUCCUGUCCCCCAUGCAUUCUUCCUGUCUGCCUGAUCAGGACAAGCCAUGGCGUCGUCACCAUCGCUCCUGGACCUCAUGAGCCUGUCGCCUUCCCACGACGGCUCGGACUCCUCCGAGGCAAGCUGCGGCAGCGUGGUGCAGGUGGUGCCGAGGGACGUCUCCGACGAGCUCCUCGGCAAGUUCGAGGACGCCGGCGAGUUCGGCUUCGAGUACGGCAGGAGCGGCCUCUGGUCGCCGCUCGUGCUGCGGCCCGAGCUCCUCGCGAGCGCGCAGCGGGGACGAGGGAGGCGCAGCCACCGGAGCUGGAGGAGGAAGGUUGGAACGGUGUUCUGCUGUUGGUGACAUCCGGGGCUCAUGAAUAAUUCUGCUGUUAGUGGAGUCUGUUCAUGUAACUAUUUUGUACUUUAAUUUGCUGAAAAUAGUUUGCACUUGUAUUUGAAGAAAAUUUGGUUUGUACUUGGAAAUGUAAAGAUAGUAGUAGGAUGGUUGUUGACAUGUAUGUUGGUGUGUCCACUAGUUAGUUUGCUCAGAAUCCUGAUAGGUAUGCAAAAUACAUCAAAAUUUGCGUAGUAUUGUAAUUAUUUCCUUUGAGGGACUCAUAUCAAUCUACCCUGUUUUCAUGUCCCCA